AUGUUCACUUCUCCUCCUUGGUAAUCUGAGUUAGAUAUCAAGUUAAGUAGACUCUAUUAAUAUAUACUUGACAUUCACACGAACACAUCUUGUUAUCGUCCCACUCAAAUUAAAUAAAAUUGAUUGUGCAAUAACAAAUAAAUUUAUAUUGUGAGUGUCGAGUAGAACAAUAAAAGUGAAAGCACGUAAUUUUUGUGUAUAGUAGUUAUCUAACUUUAUUUGUUGAUGCGACGUGUUUUUAAAUAAUCUGUGAAAAAAAAAAUAAUUGAAUACUUUUACUGUUCAGUGUACUAGUAAAUUUGCAAUCUGCUUCACACAGUUAAGUUAAAUUUUACCAACUAAAGGUUUAGCAAUUAUCAACUCCAUAAUGACGUUAGCAGCAAGGACUAGAAGCGAAAUAAAGACAUGGUUAGAAACACUCUUGAAAAACGAGAAUAUAGAUAACUUGGAUUUCACAAUUUCCGGAAAUUCUGAACAAGGCGAUGGUUAUGUCGGGGACAUACUUUUCGUCGAAGUGUGUGGAACAACGAAAGAUGAAACAAAAAAUUAUAACCUCGUUCUUAAAUGUUCAAAACGUAGCCAAGCUCUGAGAGAAAAAUCGCCAGUGAAGGAAGCUUUUUUGAGUGAAAUAUAUUUCUACGAUAUUGUGUUUCCGAGUUUCAGGAAAUUCCAGCACGACAGAAAUAUUACAGAACCGUUUGAGAAAGUACCAAAGUGUUACGGUACUUUAACCACUGGUGAUACAGAAGUGCUUGCUUUAGAAAACUUGAAAAACAGAGGUUACUUUCUGUGGGAUAAAACAAAACCAUUAACCAGACCAUAUAUUGAUUUGAUAGUUAAAGAAUAUGGAAAAUUUCAUGCAGUAUCUAUUGCAAUGCAAGAUCAAGAACCCGAAAUAUUUCAAAAGCUAGUCGGCGGUUUAGACCAUGUACUUAAAAGGUUUUUUCAAGCCUCAACUGAGAUGUAUAACAACAUGGGAGGCGCUAUUGUAGAAAUUUGUGACUUGUUGAAGGGUGAACUGGAUGAUCGAAUUCUACACAAAUGGUACGAAUUAAACCAACAAGUGGAACCCUUUUAUACCAAAGCUUGUGAACCUUUGGAAGGGAUGAAUGUGAUAACUCACGGCGACUGUUGGUGUAAUAAUUUCAUGCACUAUAAUAAGGAUGGUAAGCCCUUAACGGCCGCGAUGCUAGACUGGCAGAUGAUGACAUAUUCUCCACCUAUUUUCGAUUUGUCUUACUUCUUGUUUGCUUGUCUAUCAGAAGACGAUAUCAACGAUAUGGACACUAUAUUGGAGUACUACUUCGAAUUUCUGACAGAUCAUUUAGAAAAACUGGGAAGUUCAAAGUCACUUUAUGCUAGAGAACAUUUUUUAGAGGACUGGAGAAAGUAUAACAAGUUUGGACUUUUAAUGGCACCAGUGAUUCAUAAAUUUUGUUUGUCUGAAAAAAACGAUGCUCCAGAUAUGACUGAGGCAGCUGAAAAAGGAGAAGAUAUUUUAAAAGUUUUUAUGAAACCCAUCAAGAAUAUCAAGAAAUAUAAAGAAAGAAUGAAGUACAUUGUAAAAUAUUCAGUAGAAAAUAAUAUAAUUUAAAAAUGUAAUUCUGAAAAUCAAUGUAUGGCACGGAAAUAUAAUACAACGGACAUA